AUGAACCUCAAGCCGGCUGAUGACCCGAGCCUCACGGAGGAAGGGGCAUGGGUUCCGGGUUCCCCACUCCCAGCGGCGCCCGUGCAGAUGAUCGACGUACCGCAGCGUGCGCAGACGAUGCUGGACGACGGGAUGCAAGUGAGGAGCAGCGCCGCUCCCAGCGAGAACGGCGGCGGCGCGCCCGCGUCCUUGGCUAUGUUUAGCACCGCGGGGGGCAUCUCAAACGUGUCUGUCCCACGCGAUGGAUCUGUCAGCGGGGAUCGUGGCGUGCGGGCGGCGCAGGAGCCCGACAUUUACGACGUCAUCGAAGCCGACAACACGGCGAUGGAACGGGUCACCAAGUCGAAAGCCCGCGAUAUCGCCAACUCGACACCGACCCACUCGAGCAACCACAGCAUUAUCGGAAGGGGGAUCCUCAAGAGGGGAAAGAGCAGCAGGCGUCCCGGGAGCGAUUCCGUUCGCGCAGGAUUCAGCGACGUCAAAUCCGUUUCGAGGUUUGACCCUGACGAGCCCCCACGGAGCUACCUCCAGAGCAGGGAGGAGAGCAUGCUCGGAGAGGGAUCCGUGGCGGCGUCUCCAGGCACCAUGCUGGGCAGACAUCUCGGACGACUGAACUUCCCCAGCCACCACCAGAAGGGUGUGGGCAGCCGCUUCUCUGUCCGGCGUUUCAUGACGGGGUCGAGGAUGGGGUCCUUCAAGAGGGCCUCGGGCAUGGAGGAUGAUGACCAAGACUCGAACCUCUUCUUCGACCGGGUCUACUGCGCCAACCCGCAGGAAAAGAGGCUCUUCCCGUCGGCCCACCUGGUCCGGGUUCUCGCCGUCGCUAACGCUGGCCUGGGCGUUCUUUACCUGCACUGGCGGUACACGAGCACCUUCCCGCCCACGGUCGGCCGUUGGGAUUACAUGUCUUGGAAGCUGUACUGGUGGUGGCUGUUCUUCUCGGCAGAGUUUUUCCUGGCCAUCGCCGUGUGGGUCGGCCUGGCUCAACGUCUCUUCCCGGUGCAGCGGAUCAAGGUCACCAUGGACGACAUCACGUCCGUCGACGAUCAAGUCGGCUACAACGCACGGGUGUGCAUCCUCCUCCCCACGGCUGGAGAGAACCUAGAGGUUGUGUUCAAGGCGCUCGUAGGAGCCCUCUCGCAGCGUCUCUGGGACUCUGGCCUGCCCGGGAGCCAGACUCUUCGCGUUAUCGUCCUCGACGAGAAGCGUCGCCUCGAGGUCUACCGCGUGGCCGCCGGCGUGCACAGGAUAGGAGAGCUGCUGGCUGGGAGGCGAAUCCAGCAGAUUCUCAUGGCUGAGGGCGUGACGGAGCUAACGCAGAAGGGGUUCAUCGACUGGUGCCGCAACGGGAGCGGUUACGAGCGCAAGCACUUGUACGACGACAAGAAGCUCAACGAAGCCGUGCAGGUGCUGCGUCUCCUCGACGCCAUGUGUCUGGCCAACGGGCUGACGGACGCCUUCGCCCUGGAGGCAAGGCCGUCCUCCGCAACGUACAACCCCAUCACGGCGGCCGCCUGGAACGCAGCCGCGCAGGCGCAGAAGUCUAACAAGCCGAGCGUAGAAGCGAUGGCCGAGAUGAGCGACGCGGCGCGGUCGGAAGCGGAGGCGAAGAUGUUGGGGGCCUCGGCGAUGAACAUCACGCCAGGGUUCUUCGAGGUCUACGGCACGCACCUUGACCCUGACAACAUGGAGACAAGCAAAGAGGUGCAGAAGGGGCUGCCCACGCUCAUCUACUACUCGAGGAAAAACGCGGGUACCCCCAAGAUCAGUCCCAAGGCUGGAAACAUGAACGCUGCCAUCUUCCCCGUGGAUGACCCCACCAUGACCCCUCUCACCGGAGAAUCUACGAUCGUGGUCGUCAACGAUGCGCGGCACCAGCUGGAGGGCAACUUCCUCCAAAGGACAGUGCCGUACUUCUUCGAGCUUGCGGGCGGACACCCUACUGUGGCCUCGGGCGGACGCUAUCGAUGGGCCAAGGUGGCGUUCGUGCAGACCCCGCAGCGUUUCCGGAUGGAGCUCAGCAACGACCCCCUCGGCAACCACGCCAUCUCUCAGUACGACGUCAUCAACCACGGGAAGGACGGGAUCGGCGCCGUUUCUUCGAGUGGACAGGGCAGCCUGUGGCGCGUGGAGGCGCUCAAGGGCCAGCGUCCUGAUGGCAAGAUCGUGGACGAUCCUACGGAGCUAGACCUGGUCGGGAAGAAGUUAGGGUUCCGCUCGGAGAUGCUUAUCGAGGACACGCACACCUCCAUCGAGCUGUUCCGACAGGGGUGGCGCAGCGUGUACGUGAACGAGCCGGGAGAGGUGCUGGCCUGGUGCACCCACCAGCCGUCCAGCCUGACGUGGCGUAUCAAGCAGGUCCUGCGGUGGCACCAAGGCGCCGUGCAGCUGCUGCUCUUCAAGGGCAUCCGGUACACGAGCUUCGGCGGGCACUUCCCCACCAUGUGGCACCGCCUCUACGCCUUCGACCAGGCCACGUACUACCUCCAGGCUAUCCCCGGAUACGUGCUGCUGAUCAUGCCUAUCGUGUACGGAGUGACGGGCACCCCCCCCUUCGUUACCAGCUUGAAGGAUUACUUCCAGUACUUCACACCCUUCAUCGUGACGGCCCUGCUUCCCACGGCCAUCUCGAGCCAGUGGCGCAAGAUCGACUCUCACCGCCUGACGCGUGACGAGCAGACUUGGCUCUCGACCACCUACGUGCAGAUCUACGCCUUCCUUCAGGUUGUUUGGACGGGCUUGACCCGCAAGAGCCCCGAGAACGCCUGGGUAGCCAAGGUGCCUACCUGGCCUCUCACCUUCGUCUUCCUGGGGCAGGUGUUUGCGGUCGCCGGUGGCGUGUACUGGGUGGUACAGAAGGGGUUCGUGAUUUGGUACGCCAACUUCUUCAGUAUCGUCGUUGUCGCCGGGCUAGCGAUGCACGCGCUGUGGCCUAUGGUGUCUCUCAGCCUGGGGUGGAGCAUCCCUUCGUUCUACUACAUCAAGCUCUUCUUGUGGGUCUUCCUUGGCUUCUCGGCCGUCGUGCUGACGAAUGUCUUCAAUGCAGAAUAACGGAAGGAAGGAAGGCGCUUCAUGCAGACGGGCGGCGCUUGGCGACGCUGGUUUCUGUCUGUCUGAGCGGACUUGGCGGGACACUCCAGGCGUACCGUACCGGCUGGCCGAGCUUGACGCGACGUACUCGUAUUUCGGGCCAGCAGCCGUGACAUACAUUUUUUUCGUUCGCGGUGCGGUGCUGGCAAAAACGGUUACAAAAGCGGACCCUGUUUUUGUCUUUUGUCUUUAGUCUUUGUUCGACACCAGUCCAGCUAGUCUCGUAGCAUCUAAGCUACCAUAUUAAAGCCGUAAGACAUGCGUGCACUGCAACGCCUCUCUUUGGAGAAGGAUUUGGAGUCGAAUUGAGACCGCGAUCGAGUCGAGUCAGGGAUUUGCUCUUGGUUUUGGAGGUAUCGUUGUCCGCGUUCGUUGGGAGUCGCACUUGGGUGGGGGGAGAUGAAUUGGGGGAACCGAAGUGCGUAGAUUGAGCGCUUUGUCUGGCAGCCUUGGAGCUGGAUGGCUCAAGUGUAUGCAUAUAUGCAUGUAGUAUGUUGCUUCUUGCGUUGCAGGCACUUUUUUUUAUCUUGUCAUGAAUCAAGUCUUACCAGUGUCAUUACUUGAGAUUACUUGAGGUCGUGCAUUUCAAUUCCGUGUCUCCUUGUUUUUGUGGAAAUGUUUUUUAUGCAUAAAUUCACGUCUUGUUGUGAUGCUUGUUUCGUCUCCAUCGAUUCACUCGAGUCUUUUCGAGUCUUUUGCCAUACGCAGUAUUUAGUGUUGCCUGCCGUAUGCAGUAGUAGGUGGUGCCGUAAGGGUGUGAGCACGAUGCGUUCUGUUGGGUGUAUUGUUAGGCCUUUCUCCAGCACGCGGCCCCGCCAAGCCUCCGGUUGAGGCCGAAUGGCCAUGUAUUUUGUCGGGUAUGGUUCUUGCCACGGCCCUCGUCCUCCUCCUCCUCUUCCUCCUUGUCUGGUUGAACGCGCCACGGCAUAUAUGCAGGGACUUUUGAGUUGCUAGCAGGAUUUUUUGGUUGCUUGGAGAGUUUGUUUUCGAUCCCUGACUGACGCCCCUCUCCGUGUGUGUGUGUUCGGCGGCCACCCUUGGUCGCAAGUGGCAGUACAGUACUAGUACAAGAACAGGAACUUGGUGUUGGAAGCGGAUGCUGUUGGUCGAUUCCACCUUCAUUUUGCGAGACUCGCGUCUUCCGUCUUUGUUCUGUAUCCCAUAGGCACGUACCAGUAUGCAUGUCUUGAAAGCAGUCUCUCUCUCUCUCUCUCUCUCUCUCUCUCUCUCUGCCCUCCCGUUUUUGGAUCUGUUGGAAGUAUAGUCGUGUCAUUGCUGAAGAGAUGCGGCAAAUAAAAAUGUGUUUGUCUAUUGCGUGAAAAUCGCACCUCCCAUCGUUACAAGGGUGUGCGGGUGCCCUUCUCAUGGAAGCCUGAGUGGUGCCAUCGUAGGUGAAUUGCCAAAUGUUACGGGCGGGCGGCGGGGGUCGAUGGUCGUUGCGUUGUCGCCAAUGCGUGGGAGUUGUUGUAAGCAGGUGAUGCCUCACGGUGUUGCGGCUGCAUGGCUGUAUUAGAACCUCCCACGAUGAUGGCGAUUUUAUGAAAAUACAUACAUACAUAAGCUUUGCUUGCCAUUUCCUUUUAAAGUUGUGGUACGCAUAGUUAAGAUACAAUACUCGGUAGCAUUACAAGGGGCAGCAGCAGCAGCAGCAUGCCCGCUAUAUCAAGGUGGCAUUUUUGUAAGCUGGGAUCGCGGGGCAUGUGAAAACGCAAGCCCGUGUUAAAAGCGUGCUACACGUGGUGUAACAUCUCGGUUGUUGUAGAGAUGGGUGUCAUGUCGUGGUCGUGGUGGUGUUGCACAACGGACAGGACAGGACAGGAAACAAGCAUAUCGAAUACAAGAGAGGACUCAUCUUUGCUCGGGUACCCGUAUAGUACGUAGUCAUACGUGGCGUCGGUUUCAUAGUAGUGGGUGUUGGUGGUGGUACGAGAACACGGAGAACAGAGCGGAGCGCCAUGUGUGCAAGCGAGAUGGUGUACGAGCAAGGCUGAGGGUAUUGUAUGUGUUAACAUGAAGAUGGUCUGUUGCUGAAGUGUACGCUCAAGAAUCGAUGCACCACUAUUGCUUGUGGUUUGUCGAUAUUUUUUGUGAACUAGCUGUGUGGCGGAUGGGAUAAUAUAGUCGGACUUAAAAGCUUGUUCGCUUGCUUGCCGGGCGUUAGGGGUUGUGGGGCGCGCAGUAAUAUAAACAAAACC